CGCCCUCUAUCUGAUUGCGCUUCAAGAAGGAGCACACGAGUUCAACAAUGUGUUGCUCUCCGAAGAUAAUACAGCAUCUAAAAGUCAUCACACAUCCAAAAUUCAUCACAUUCAUCACACGAGAUGCGUCUCGAUCCAAAUUCCGAUUGCUCCAGCUUCCCGAAGCGUGCCCAACUUCCUGUAAUUGCAGGCACGCCAGAAGGUUCAGCGUGGUUUUGGGGCGACUCUGACGAACUCGGUCGCCUCAAUCUCCUCACACCAGAACGCAUAUUGAAGGCGACACUAGAGAAUGUCAAAACAGGGUCUGUUGUCUCGCUCGACUUGCCCUUGAGCGAACCAUCACCUCCUCUCUUUGGGCGGCGAUCCGUUGAACACAAAAUCACGUCGAUCGGCAAAGGUGCCUUCGACGAUGAAACAACAAUCAACACGCAAUCUAGCAGUCAGUGGGAUGGAUUCCGGCACUUUGCCGAUCCACAAUCAGGGUAUUUCUACAACGGCAUUGUAUCAGAGGAGAUUGGAAGAGAUGAAGGAUCCGACGGGGGGCCUGGGAGGUCGAGAAGACUUGGAAUCGACGCAUGGGCGCGACAUGGGAUAGUCGGACGGGGUGUUUUGAUCGACGUGUACGGUUGGGCGCAGACACAUACCCCAUUUGAUCCGUUCACCGAGCAUGCUAUCACUGCAUCAGACCUGAGAGCUUGUGCUGAGUCUCAAAGCACAACAUUCCAGACGGGAGACAUCAUCUUGAUACGAACAGGCUGGCUUGCGCGACACAAUGGUUUUACAGUAGAGCAAAAGCAGGACCGCAGUACCUUGGGCAUCAUGGAGCACCAGUAUGUCGGAUUGGAGGCAUCGGAGGACAUGAAAGACUUUCUACAUGACUCCUACUUUGCAGCUGCUGUGGCUGAUAAUGCUAGUCUUGAAGUCUGGCCACCGAAGAGUGUGGAAGCAAGCCUACAUGCUUCGCUGCUUCCACUCUGGGGUAUGCCAAUCGGAGAGUUGUGGGACCUUGAAGGGCUGAGUGAAAAAUGCCGUCAGGAAAAUCGAUGGACCUUCCUGCUGACGAGCUCGCCCGCAAACGUACCCGGUGGGGUGGGCAGUCCGCCAAAUGCGUUGGCUCUGUUCUAGCCACGGCUGUAUGCUUCCGUGCCAUCCGAGAAGUUUCUGCCUAUAAUGGGCAGCAUCACCCCUCUCCAUAGUUUUGGUUGUGUUUUAUGGUUCAAAUUAUUGAUCUGCGGUUGACACUGAGGCCCUCGUUUCUCUU